AUGAUAUUAAGACUGGAGGCUCUGGGGACUGUUCUGAUGAGUUUGUUGAAGAAGGCUACUGGCCUGGUGGGAUCAGCUGUGUGUGACACUCCACAUGAGAGGCUAACAAUCAUGUAUACAAAGGUUCUUCAUCUUUUGAAGCCCUUCCCUCAACAUGCAGCCUAUAGAAAACACAUGGAACUUAUCACCAAUGAGAAGCUGGGUAUGAUCAAAGCAGAACCAGAUAUAAAAAAAUUAGAAGCCUUGCUUCAGGGUAGUGAAGUAGAAGAGGUGAUUCUUCAGGCUGAACAUGAGCUAAGUCUGGCAAGAAAAAUGUUGCAGUGGAAGCCAUGGGAGCCAUUGGUGGAAGAGCCUCCUGCUGACCAGAGAAAGUUGCCAAGGUGA